UACAAUGAUUGGACAAAUGGCGUGGUAAAGAGUUCCAUGUCAUCAACAUUUGCUCCUCUAUUUAUAACGCCAAAAACAAUUCGUAGAUCUGAAAAAAGGAGAAACAAAAAAAAAUAAAAGAAAAAACAAAACCCUUCAAACAGAUCUUCAAUUUGGAGGUUAAGUUGUAGAAAACAAGAUGGGAGGCGGAUUCAGGAUGCUUCAUCUUGUUCGUCCAUUUCUUUCGUUCCUGCCUGAGGUUCAGAGUGCUGAUCGAAAAAUUCCAUUCAGAGAGAAGGUUUUAUACACUGUGAUCUCUCUCUUUAUUUUCCUAGUAUGCAGUCAGCUACCUUUGUAUGGCAUACACUCCACAACUGGUGCCGAUCCAUUCUAUUGGAUGCGUGUUAUCCUUGCUUCAAAUCGGGGAACUGUCAUGGAGCUAGGAAUUACCCCCAUUGUGACUUCUGGAUUGGUUAUGCAACUUCUAGCUGGGUCGAAGAUCAUUGAAGUUGACAACAAUGUACGCGAGGACCGAGCACUACUAAACGGUGCACAGAAGUUAUUAGGUAUUCUCAUAGCGAUUGGUGAAGCAGUUGCAUAUGUUCUCUCUGGCAUGUAUGGCAGUGUCAGUCAACUUGGGGUUGGAAAUGCAGUUUUGAUAAUCAUUCAACUGUGGUUUGCUGGCAUAAUAGUUAUUUGCCUUGAUGAGCUUCUUCAAAAAGGAUAUGGUCUGGGGUCUGGUAUUUCACUCUUUAUAGCUACCAACAUGUGCGAGAACAUCAUUUGGAAAGCAUUUAGUCCAACCACAAUCAACAGUGGCCGUGGAGCUGAAUUUGAAGGAGCUGUUAUAGCUUUAUUCCAUUUAUUGAUCACUCGAACUGACAAGGUUCGUGCACUUCGUGAAGCAUUCUACCGGCAGAACCUUCCGAACGUAACAAACUUGCUUGCCACAGUUUUGAUCUUCCUUAUUGUCAUCUACCUCCAAGGUUUCCGGGUCGUUUUGCCUGUAAGGUCAAAGAAUGCCCGUGGACAGCAGGGAUCAUAUCCAAUUAAGCUGUUCUACACUUCCAAUAUGCCCAUCAUCUUACAGUCAGCACUUGUAUCCAAUGUUUACUUUAUUUCCCAGUUGCUGUAUAGGAAGUACAGUGGCAAUUUCCUCGUGAACCUCUUGGGAAAAUGGAAAGAAUCUGAAUAUUCUGGUCAAUCUGUACCUGUCGGUGGUCUUGCCUAUUAUAUUACUGCACCAUCAAGCUUGGCGGAUAUGGUAGCACAUCCUUUCCACGCUAUAUUCUACAUUGUGUUCAUGCUAUCAGCAUGUGCUUUGUUCUCAAAGACUUGGAUUGAAGUCUCAGGAUCAUCAGCAAGAGAUGUGGCUAAGCAGUUAAAGGAACAACAAAUGGUAAUGCCUGGGCAUAGAGAAUCCAAUUUGUACAAGGAGUUGAACCGCUAUAUACCAACAGCAGCAGCGUUUGGUGGUGUGUGCAUUGGCCUGCUUACCGUGUUGGCUGAUCUGAUGGGAGCAAUUGGUUCAGGGACAGGAAUUCUAUUGGCUGUCACUAUCAUCUACCAGUAUUUCGAGACAUUUGAGAAGGAAAAAGCUAGUGAAAUGGGUUUCUUUGGUCUUUAAAACACCUUAAUGCAAUUUUGUUUACGCUCUUUUGAGGUGUAAUGUGUAAGUAGGUUUUCCUUCUCUUACAUCAAUAGAGUCCGAGAUCAGAGAAUACUGGAUAGUUUGUGAUUAGGUUUGACAGUCUUCAUGUAUCGGCUAGCUCAACUAGGUAAUAUGAUUUUUUUUGUAUCAAAGGCACUUACUUCAAUUCUUGAUAGUUGCGAAGUUAAUUAUCUAUGAAGGAACAUUUCACACA